CAAAGCCGGGACUAUGAGGGGGCAAAUGCUCUCCAAAUCUCGUAGCACCUGAGUGAGGGCAGUAGCCAUCUUAUAAAGGCAAAGACCACAUCCUGCUAGACAUGGGAAUGUGGAAUUAUCUUGUGAAAGCAGUUUUACAGAAGCAGAAUUGAGCAAAGUUAGUAAUCUUUAAAGGUUAUGUAUAGUUUCAGUCCCUGGAGCCACUGAGUCACCAGAAAGUAUUCCCGGAGCCGCCGAGUUAAGGAAAGCAAUUUUGUGGAUCUGGUCCUCAGACACAGGAGAAUAGCCUUUGGGAUGUGGGCUGGCAACAUAGUGGGGUGAUUUAUGUGAAUUUCCAGGUCUCAAUCUGGAAACUGAGGCAACUACCCUAUUGUUUAAGCAAGCAGGUGUGUACAGAAGCCAGAACAGCAGGGUUAAAAUUCAAACAGCAGUUCUUACCCGAGAUGAAUGUUACUGUGCUUUAUUGCUUCAUGGGGAGCAUGUAGGGCUGGAGGGUGAGGACUGGGGAAAAAGGCUCUACGCCAGGGGGGCCACUAAAGGGGUGGAGCUUAUGCAGGGGGCAGGGAGUCCGCUCUGGUGGCACUGAGAGCUUGGCGGCUCAGGCCGAUGGAUGGGCUUAGAACCUUGAGCCUAUGAUCAGCUUAGGCAUCAGAGAUUCGGGCUUCCAGACCAUCUGCUUUGUGCAAAGACGUUCCGCUGAAGAGAAGCUGGGAGGCUCGAACUCCAUCCUGUCUGGGUUGGGCACAAGCGACUUGAAGUGCACGCUCUUUCUUGGCAGGACCAGGUCUCUCCGGGGCGGGAUGGCCCAGGAGCUCGGCGAGAAGGAGCUAUUGAGGAUGGAGGUGGAGCAGCUGAAGAAGGAGGUGAAGAACCCAAGAGCUCCGAUUUCCAAGACAGGAAAGGAAAUCAAGGAUUAUGUGGAGGCCCAAGCAGGAAACGACCCUCUUCUCCAAGGCAUCUCUGAGGACAAAAACCCCUUCAAGGAGAAAGGCACUUGUAUGAUAAACUGAUGGUCCCAGGGCCCCUCGCCCUGACCUCCUGUCCCUCCUCAGCCCCACUCCUCCCCCAGAACCUGUCCUGGGAUGCCCAGAGGGUCAGUGAAUUUCCACCUUCUCUCAGUCACAGAAGAGGAAAGAGACAGACCUGCUU